GAGUCAGCCUCAUCGGCUGAAAAAAAGAAGAAAAGGAGAGAAAAAGUGAAAAAGCACUUCAUGGCAUUUUUCCAUCAUCCGUGAAUCAAAUAUGGGAAAAGUCGUCAAAUGUUGUUGUUGUCCCGUGCGAAUUAAAAAAUUUUAAAGAAAAAAAAAUCACAAAAAAACAUUCGAAUGCAUUAAAUGAUUGCUCGGAGCAGCGAAUUACGAUUAUAACGUCGAUUAUUGUGAGAUUUGGGCGACGAGGCGGCGAGCCCGCAAUAGCGCGCUAUGUCAUGUAAUGACCAAGAGACGACAACGACGAAGAGCACAACGGAAAAUAAUGGAAAAACGGCGGAUUGGACGCUGUAUCAGCGAAAUGUGUCAAGCAACGUCGGAAGUCAACAUCUCGCUGAACCGGAAAACAAUGAUUCGGGCGCCGACGACGAAAGUCAAAGUCAGUCGAGGGAAAAUGAUCCGUUGCAACCAAAGCAUAAAACUUCCGCAAGUAGCAAUAAAGAGAAAGUUUUGAUUGUAUCUCUUUCGAAUCAACGUACUCGCGAAACAUGGAGCCAAAAGGCGGAAUUCUUACUCGCCGUUAUCGGAUUCGCUGUCGAUCUCGGAAACGUUUGGAGAUUUCCCUACAUUUGCUACCAAAAUGGCGGAGGAGCCUUUUUAAUCCCGUAUUGCAUCAUGUUGUUGCUCGGAGGUCUUCCGCUUUUCUACAUGGAACUUGCUCUCGGACAAUUUCAUCGUUGCGGAUGUCUCAGUAUCUGGAAACGCAUUUGUCCCGCACUCAAAGGUGUUGGAAUUGCAAUUUGUAUAAUUGACAUCUAUAUGGGCAUGUAUUACAACACGAUUAUUGGAUGGGCAGUUUAUUAUCUCUACGCUUCCUUCACUACUGAGCUACCGUGGACCAAAUGCGGCAAUGAAUGGAAUACAGAUGCGUGUUCCCCCGUGUAUUCAAUUAAUAAUGCAACCAACAUCACAAAUACAUCGAGUCCUGCAAAGGAGUUCUUUGAGCGCAAAGUUCUCGAGCAAUACAAAUCCGAUGGGCUUAACUACAUGGGCCCGAUAAAACCUGAGCUCGCUCUUUGUGUCUUCGGCGUCUUCAUUCUCGUCUAUUUUUCGCUUUGGAAAGGCGUCAAGAGCUCCGGAAAAGCUGUUUGGUUCACAGCAAUUAUGCCGUAUAUCGUGCUGAUUAUCCUUCUCGGGCGAGGCGUUACUCUUCCGGGAUCUGGAGAUGGCAUCAUGUACUAUUUAACGCCUCAAUGGCACAAAUUGAAGAACACGAGAGUUUGGAUAGAUGCUGCAAGUCAAAUUUUCUUUUCGCUCGGACCGGGCUUUGGAACGUUACUUGCGCUUUCAAGUUAUAAUAAAUUCAAUAACAACUGCUAUCGUGAUGCGCUGAUAACGAGUUCGAUUAAUUGUUUGACGAGCUUUUUAGCUGGAUUUGUAAUUUUCAGUGUGUUAGGUUAUAUGGCGCACGUGCAAAAAACAACAAUCGAUAAAGUUGGGCUCGAAGGUCCCGGAUUAGUGUUCAUUGUGUAUCCAGAAGCCAUUAGCAUGAUGACGGGAAGUGUAUUUUGGUCCAUAAUCUUCUUCAUUAUGUUAAUAACUUUAGGACUCGAUAGUACAUUUGGCGGGCUCGAGGCGAUGAUUACGGGAAUUGCAGAUGAAUAUCCUCGAGUUAUUGGACGACAUCGUGAGAUAUUUGUCUUUUUCGUCUUAUGUGGUAUUUAUUUGUGUGCUUUACCAACAAUGACCUACGGCGGGGUAUAUUUAGUGAAUUUCCUGAACGUUUACGGGCCCGGAUUAGCAAUUCUCUUUGUCGUUUUUGUCGAAGCUGCGGGAGUUUUUUGGUAUUAUGGCGUCGAUAACUUUUCCGCCGACAUCGAGCAAAUGUUAGGCGAGAAACCUUCCCUCUUUUGGCGAUUAUGUUGGAAAUAUGUCAGUCCAACCUUCCUCUUCGUAAUUUUAAUUUUCUCCGUGCUCGGUUACGAAGAGAUGCUCGGCGAAGAAUACGAAUAUCCCGAAUGGAGCAGCACCGUUGGAUGGAUGUUGACUCUUUCGAGCGUUUUGUGCAUUCCGGGCUACAUGAUUUACAAAUUCCUGCGAAGUCCCGGCGGAUGUCGACAUCGUUUGCGACAAACGUUCAAACCGGAUUUGGUAAUAAGUCCCGUGCCGAAUCAGUAUCAAAUGGAUGGAAGUACAGCAGUUUGA